AUGACACCCUCCAUCAACGCUGUGGUUCGGAUCGCCUCCCUCGCCUCGGACGCGGUCAUCAACUCUGCGUCUCUGCGCCCCUCCAUCUCCCCCUUCACAGCGGCUCUCUCCUCCCAGCCCUCCUCCGCUGUCCACCACAUCCCUUUCGGAGCGGACCCGGGCGCAGCGCUCCUCCAGCAGCACGCACAGAACACCAGCAAUGGUGUAAAGUCCGGUCUGGUGUCGUACACCACCGUCUCUCAUGCUCGCGUACUGCACCACUUGAUCCCCCACCUGGCUGAGCUCUCGGGGACGUCCACCGUCCUCCAUGUCGCCGUCCCGGCCGGCGACGACCUGUCGGAUGUCCUCGUGUUGAGGGCAUCUGUACCAUUCUGCAUCUACUCCCGCACCGCUCAGCAGGCGCACGACCAUGCCCUCCUUGCAAGUCGAUUAGCAACGACCGAAGGCAAGGCGGUGCUGCACAUAUUCUACAUCGGAACGGAGUCGGACGACGUCAGCGAGGUUGCCGACGACCAGGUUCAGUCUUAUCUCUCUGCCCCACCCCUCUCUGCGAACGGGCACGCGAACGGACACUCAAAUGGGCACGCAAACGGCCACGCUAAUGGCGACGCCAAAGCUGAUGUCAAGGAUGACUCUGCUCAGUCGCUCAGAGCCUUCCAUGCUGCCUCGGCGACGGCCGUGUCUCUGCUGCGCCGGCCCCUUCGUGCGCUGACCGUUCAUGGUGCCGAAGAACCGCAUACGGUCUUGGUUACCCUGGCUUCUCUGCCAUGCUCGCUGGAAUUGGACGGUGUUUCGUUUGUGGACGUUAGCCUCCUCAAGCCGUUUCCUCCAGCAAAUAUCGCCCAUGCCAUUCCCGCAUCGGCGCAACGCGUCCUUGUCUGCGAGCACCUCCGCCGGUGGAACGUGAAGUGGACGCCGCUGUUCCUGGAGGUCGUGAGUGCGCUGCAGGGCGAGGACGGGUCGGCGCGGGAGACACGGCCGUCCGUGCAGAGCGUGCUUGUGGGCGACGCGAGCCAGGUCACGCCAUCUGACGUCGAGCAGCUUCUCCAGCAGCCCGCGGAGGGCACGGCCCGGCUGGCGCUCGGUCCCUCGCCGUCUGCGGCUGCGUCUGCGGGCGGGGCCGCGCCGCCGCACGUCCCGAAGCACGAGGGGUCGUACACGAAGCUGCUCGACACGCUGUUCGGCGCGCGCCUCGAGAUCGCGAACGACCCCGCGCGCGUCGCGCAGCUCGGCGCGGUCGCGACGUCGCCCGAGUUCACGCUCGGACGCGUCCGGGGCGAGCUCGAGGCGCUCGCGAAGCUCGAGGACGACGUCAGGCAGGCCAUGCGCCAGCCGGAUCUCCCCGGCCACCUCCACCAGCUCUUCGGCACGUGGCUCCAGGCGGCGAAGGCCAAGGGCGCGCCCGCCACCGACGCCGCCCCCGCCCGCCUCGCGCAGGCGCUCGAGGAGCACGCCCCCGCCCUCAAGAGCGCCGCCGCCCGCCGCGUCUAUGCUGCACGCUCGCUGCUCACCUCGGACGCGCGCACAAAGUCGCGCUGGAUCAUCGGCAGCGACGCGUGGGCGUACGACCUCGGCGCGUCGGGCCUGCACCAUGCCAUCGCAUCUGGUCUCAACGUGAACAUCCUCCUCCUCGACACGACGCCGUACAGCACGCGCACCGCCGCGUCGCGCCGCAAGCAGGACGUGGGCCUCUACGCGAUGAACCACGGCGAUGUCUACGUUGCCAGCAUCGCGCUGUACUCGUCCUACGCACAGGUUCUCCAGGCUCUGGUUGAGGCGGACCGCUACCCCGGGCCCUCGAUCGUGCUCGCCUACCUGCCCUACACCACGGAGGAGUCGCCGGCGCUCGAGAUCCUGAAGGAGACGAAGCGCGCCGUCGACGCGGGCUACUGGCCGCUCUACCGCUGGAACCCGGCCAAGGAGGGCGACGCUGCGUUCACGCUCGACAGCGACGCGAUUAAGAACGAGCUCCGCACGUUCCUCGACAGGCAGAACCACCUCUCGCAACUCGUCGCUGCGCAGCCGCAGCUCGCCGCCGAGCUCGUAGGCUCCCUGGGUGAGCAGCUGCGCGCGGCGCGCAAGACGCGUGCGCAGAAGGCGUACGCGGAGCUUCUCACUGCCAUCGACGCGCCGCCGCUUGCCGUCCUGUACGCUAGUGACGGAGGCAAGGCGGAGAAGGUCGCGAAGCGGCUCGCCGCGCGCGCGAAGAUGCGCGGCCUCGUCGCGAGCGUCGCGCCCAUGGACGCGGUCUCCCUCCAGGACAUCGCGAAGGAGCAGUACGUCGCCUUCGUCACCUCCGUCGCCGGCCAGGGCGAGUUCCCGCAGAACGGCCGCGCCCUCAUCAAGGCGCUGAACGCCGCUGCCGCGCGUGGUGAGUCGCCCCUGGGCGACGUGAAGGUCGGAGUGUUCGGUAUGGGUGACAGUCAUUAUUGGCCGCGCCCCGAGGACGCGCAUUACUACAACAAGGCGGGCAAGGACCUCGAUGCGCGCCUGGGGUCCCUCGGUGCGCAGCGCUUUGCGUCGCUCGGACUUGGAGACGACCAGGACGCGGAUGGACCCGAGACGGGGUACAAGGCUUGGGAGCCUCUAGUAUGGAAGGCACUCGGCGUCGACGCUGUUGAGGUGCAGGAGGCUGAGCCGGAGCCGAUCACGAACGAGCACAUCAAGGUCGCCUCGCAGUACCUCCGGGGCACCAUCUCGGAGGGCCUCGUGGACACGACGACCGGUGCGCUCGCGCCCAGCGACGGGCAGCUGACCAAGUUCCACGGCAUCUACCAGCAGGACGACCGGGACAUCCGCGACGAACGCACCGCGCAGGGCGUUGAGCCUGCGUACAGCUUCAUGAUCCGUGUGCGCAUGCCUGGUGGCGUGUGCCGCCCGGAGCAGUGGCUGCAGAUGGACCAGAUCGCGGACGAGCAUGGGUGCGGGACGUUCAAGAUCACGACGCGGCAGACAUUCCAGUUCCAUGGUGUGAUCAAGCGACACUUGAAGUCGGCGAUUCAGGACAUCAACAGGGUGUUGUUGGACACGCUCGCCGCCUGCGGUGACGUGAACAGGAAUGUUAUCGUCUCUGCUGUCCCUUCUUUGUCGAAGCUGCACCAUCAGGCAUUCGAGUUUGCUAAGCGUGUCAGCGAGCAUCUACUGCCUCGCACGACCGCGUACCACGAGAUCUGGUUGGACAAGAAGCUGGUUGCUGGUGAUGCUUUGAAGGACGCCGAACCCCUGUAUGGCGAGUUCUACCUCCCCCGUAAAUUCAAAGUAGCAGUCGCAAUCCCUCCCACGAACGAUGUUGAUUUGUUUGCCAACGACCUGGGCUUCAUUGCCAUUGUCGGCAAGGACGGCAAUCUGGCCGGGUUCAACGUCACUGCCGGAGGUGGUAUGGGCGUCACGCACGGCAACAAGAAGACCUACCCGCGAUUGGGCAGCGUCCUCGGCUUCUGCACCGUUGAGGAGGGCGUUGACGUUGCGGAGAAAAUCAUGCUUGUGCAGAGGGACAACGGUAACCGUGAGGACCGUAAGAACGCACGGCUGAAGUAUACCAUCGACCGCAUGGGCCUCGAGCACUUCAAGGCCGAGGUCGAACGCCGUCUUGGGUACAAGCUCGCGCCCGCCCGGCCGUUCACGUUCGACCGCAACGUCGACGACUACGGCUGGCACACGGGCGAGGACGGCAAGCACCACUUCACGUGCUUCAUCGAGAACGGCCGCAUCCAGGACGAGCCUGGCAAGGACUUCAAGACUGGUCUGCGGGAGAUUGCGAAGGUCCACAAGGGCGCGUUCCGUAUGACCGCGAACCAGCACCUCCUCAUCACGGAUAUCGCGACGGAGGACUUGCCGCAGAUCAAGGCGUUGCUGGCGCAGUACAAGCUGGAUACGUUGUCGCAGACGGGUCUGAGGUUGUCUUCGUCGGCUUGUGUUGCGUUCCCGACUUGUGGUCUUGCGAUGGCAGAAUCGGAGCGAUAUCUUCCGAUUCUCAUCGACAAGGUCGAGAAGAUCUGCGAGGAGAACGGUCUGCGGAACGAUUCUAUUGUCAUGCGUAUGACUGGGUGUCCCAACGGGUGUGCACGGCCAUACGUUGCAGAGGUCGCAUUUGUAGGUAAGGCACUUGGGACAUAUUCCAUGCUGCUUGGCGGUGGGUACCACGGUCAACGCCUUAAUAAGAUAUAUCGAGAAACGGUCACGGAACUUGAGAUCCUCGCCAUUCUCAGACCGAUGAUCAAACACUACGCCCUCGAGCGCCAGGAAGGCGAGCACUUCGGUGACUUCGUCAUCAGGGCGGGCUACAUUGCACCCACGACGGAGGGCAAAGCCUGGUAUGACCAUAUGGGUGGCGAGGGCGAGCACCGGGAGGGCGCCAUCGCUGCAUAA